CAAUCACAAUUGGCAACGAUGAUCAAGCAAUUUUCAGCUUCGCGUCCUCAUCGUAUUCAGUUGAGGAAGAUACGGGUUAUGUUACUUUGAACAUCACAAAGACGGGGAGCUCUGAUAUUCCUCUAAAUGUGAUACUCGGUACCAUGGACGGGAUUGCAGCUUCUGGUAGCGACUACACUGAAAUUGCUAAUGUCACGAUAACUUUCGCUACUAACAAGGCUUCUCAACUUAUGAACAUCACCAUUGGAGUUGACAGCAGUGUUGAAAACGACGAAACGUUCCAAGCUUUACUCUACAACAAUAACCCAUCUCAAGUACUCCUUGGCACCUCAUCGACGACUGUUAUUAUUACGAAUGAUGAUAAAGCAAUCUUCUCCUUUGCUGCUGCGUCAUACUCUGUGGUUGAGGACACGGGUUAUGUGACAGUAACAAUCAACAAAACAGGGCUAACUGACGUUGAUUUAUCUGUAUUACUAAACACCGAGGACGGGACAGCUGUUUCACCAGUUGAUUUCACUGCGCUCGUCAAUGGCACGGUUAACUUCCCUGCAAAUGAGCCUUCCUUGUCAGUUAAUAUCAGCAUAAUUGUAGACAACAAAGUUGAGAACAACGAGACGUUUAAAGCUCUUAUUUCCUCCAACAAUCCAUCUCAAGUUGCAAUUGGUUUAACCUCGUCUACAGACUUAACCAUCCAGAACGAUGAUAUGGGAUCCGUGAGCUUCAACCAAACACUCUUCGUCGUCAACGAGGGUGAUUCCGCACUGCUUGUAUUCACUUGUAGCGGCAACAACGAGAUCGACUUUAACUUUAGACUUAGCAGUACACCAGGCACUGCAACGGUCGCAGAUUACACACUCGCAAACGACACGUCCUUAACGUGUGCUCCUGGCGUCACCACUACGACCUUCAGCGUCCCUACAGUCCAAGAUGUCAUGGCGGAGACCACGGAGUCGUUCAUUGUCAGCAUCAGCGCCAAUGCUGGCGAACCUUUUAACUUCAUCGACCGCGUGGCAACUGUCAGCAUCAUAGACACCGUUGAUAAAGUAAAUAUCACUAUCAGCGCCUCAACGUACGCCACAAAUGAGGGAGCAGGACCCGUCACCGUCGUAAUUGAGAAAACAGACAACGCAGAGAUUAAUAUUUCUGCCAGGCUGUUCUCAAGUGACAUAACUGCCAUAUCGUCCCCCGGAUCGCCCUAUCAGGACUACGCGAACUUUUCGAAGAGUUUCAUCUUUGCGCCCAAUGAGAUCCGCAAGGAAUUCACGAUCAGUAUCAUCACUGAUGAAUACCUCGAGUUUGAUGAGACCUUCAAACUAACGCUGGUAUCUCAAAUUCCUGCCAAAGCCAUGGUCCAGCCUAACUCAAACUCUGUAGUCACUAUAAGGAACGACGACGCAGUUACUUUUGAGCUGGUUGAAAACGGAGUGGUACUCCUCUCAAAUGAGACUUCGGUCCGUUUCACUGUGCUAUUAACUGGGAAGUCGCUGAUUCCUGUAAACUUCACUGUGUACACUUCUAAUGUACCGUCGCUAACCCCACGCAUAAAGAGAGAUACGUGGAGUAUCCCGCCUUCAGUGAACGGAACUACAACUUUUAAUGUGGAGCUUAACGUCAUUCAAGAACUGGCGAUCUCUGAUAGAUUCUUUGUGCUUCUUGAAACUGAUCAGGCCUUCGUGUCUGUCCGGGGCAACAAAAAAUUGGUUGUUGCCGUUGCAAAGGAUAAACAUGCUACUAUUGGAUUCUCGAGUGGGUCUUACUUUGUCAAAGAAGACCAGGGUUACGUUACCAUCUGCCUGAGAAAAAAUGGCGUUAUCAAUAGAGAUGUCAUUGUUAAGUUGAAUACAGCAGACAGGGAUGCUACGAGCGGAGCAGAUUAUGUGCCGGUCGUGAACAAAACUGUUACAUUCUUUGCCAUACUUGAAACCUAUUGUUUCAAUGUAACUAUUAACGAUGAUAACAUAACGGAAGCAGAUGAGAAAUUCUACGUCGAGCUAAGCAAGGAUCCCAGUGAUCCUGAUGUUGUGCUAAACAACCAAAGAACGACAGUUACAAUCACCAAUGACGACCAAGUUCUUGUGGCCCUUAAGUCUCCAUACAAGAAAAAGGCUAAGGAAGGAGAUUUAGUAGAAUUCACUGCGUAUGUUGUCAGUGGUGAUCACGCUGCUCCUCUCAUCGUAAACUUAACCACAAAUCGAGAUGAUACUAGCACUACCUCUGACUCCCUUGAUGUGGAAUUUCCGCAAACUAUUACUAUCCCUGCAAAUGCAAGCAGCGUGACCUUCGUGGUGAAGAUCAAAGACGAUGCAUUGGUAGAGAGUGACGAGAUUGUCACUGUCACGCUAGUCAGUGGGGAUCUGUCACGCGUGACUUUGCAUCGCAAUGACACUGCUACUAUAAAUAUCGAUGACGAGGCCGAUAGAGUUGCAGAUAAGAACAAGAAAGAAAAAGAUAAGCAAGAUAUUGUGAUAAGAGACCAGUUCCUGAUAAUUCUCAUCGUAGCUGUUUUGAUUGCUCUUCUUAUAUUAAUUGGUGUGAUCAUCCUCUGUUGUUUGAUCAAGAUAAAAGGUGUGAAGAAAUACGCGCCCAAUCCCUAAUAAAGAAUAAAAAGACGCUCAAAUCUACCUGAAUUGCCGUCUAUCAAUUCAUAGAUGCAUAGCAAUAAGGACAGCUGGUCAAGAACUAUAUAAACAUUUGCAGAAGCUUAGAAAACUCGCUAAUCGUAAACAUUUAUUAAUAAGAUAUGUCAGGAAUAUUUUAUAAAACCCUUUACAGUA